AUAACUCUUUCCCACAAGUAGGGAAAAACAGUAGUUAAAGACUUAAAGCCAUAAUAACAUCAUAGCAAGAAAUGUUCUCCAAAAACAGUUCAAAUCCAAUCUACAACAAGAAGAAGAACCCAUCAUGGUUUCUCUUCACUAUAGUUUUCCUCUCAUCUUUACUACCCCACUCACUUUCUGAUCCAAGAAUCUCAGAAGCUGGACUCUAUUGUGGCACAUCCAAAGCCCCAUUAAAAGCCAACUACAUCCCAAGUUUCAUCAAAGAAAUGGAGAGCCUCUCACAGGUUGUUACCAACCACAACUGGGGCACUCACUUUGUGAACAUCUCAGGAGCCAUUCCAAUCUAUGGCUUUGCACAAUGCUUCAAAGACCUUUCUCACACUGAUUGCCUUCUCUGCUAUGCUGCAAGCCGCACCAAGCUCCCUAGAUGCCUCCCUUCUGUCUCUGCUCGCAUAUACCUUGAUGGAUGCUUCCUUCGCUAUGAUAACUAUAGUUUCUACUCUGAGGUCACUGACCCUUUGAUGGAUACAGUUAACUGCACCUCCCAGAAUGGUGUGGCUGUUGAUGAAGCUGAAAGGUUUGAGCUUCAGAAGAGUGUUGCUGAAGUGGUUGAUAGAGUUGCAGUGUUGGCUGUUGAUAAGGGAGGUGGGUUUUCUGUGGGAGAAGUUGAGGGUGUUUAUGCUUUGGCACAGUGCUGGAACACUGUUGGGAGUGAUGGGUGCAGAGAUUGCUUGAUGAAAGCUGGGAAGGAGGUUAAAGGUUGCUUGCCAAAGAGGGAAGGGAGGGCCUUGAAUGCUGGGUGUUAUUUGAGAUAUUCAACUGAGAAGUUCUACAAUGAAGAAGGUGCAGGAGAGGGUGGAAACUGGUCUUUAAGAAGAGGAGCCAUAAUAGCAGCAGUGUUAGCUGCAGCUGCAGUUAUGAUGCUUGCUUUCUCUGCCUGUUAUGCAGUCUUCAGGAAAUUAUCAAAGAUAAGAAAAGAAAACAAUAAUCUUGGUCAGAUUUCCUCUUCUAUAAGCAAAUCUAGCUUGAAUUACAAAUACGAAACUCUUGAGAAGGCCACAGAUUAUUUCAACUCUUCAAGAAAAAUAGGCCAAGGAGGAGCUGGUUCAGUUUUCAGAGGUAUUCUACCAAAUGGGAAAGUUGUUGCAGUUAAGAGAUUGAUCUUCAAUAACAGGCAUUGGGUUGAUGAGUUCUUCAAUGAAGUAAAUUUGAUUAGUGGAAUUGAACACAAGAACCUUGUCAAACUAUUAGGUUGUAGCAUUGAAGGGCCUGAGAGUCUCCUUGUGUAUGAGUACUUACCCAAAAAGAGUUUAGAUCAAUUUAUCUUUGAAAAGAACAAAACUCAGAUUCUAAGCUGGAAACAAAGGUUUAAUAUCAUUCUUGGAACAGCAGAAGGGCUUGCAUAUCUUCAUGGAGGCACUAAAAUAAGAAUCAUCCAUAGAGACAUCAAAAGCAGUAAUGUUCUUCUGGAUGAGAAUCUCACUCCUAAGAUUGCAGAUUUUGGCCUUGCCCGGUGUUUUGCUGCUGAUAAGACACAUUUGAGCACUGGAAUUGCUGGAACACUAGGUUACAUGGCUCCUGAGUACCUAAUUCGAGGACAACUUACAGAUAAAGCUGAUGUUUAUAGUUUUGGAGUACUUGUUAUGGAGAUUGUAUGUGGCAGGAGGAAUAAUGUCUUUAGAGAGGACUCUGGCUCCCUUCUACAAACUGUUUGGAAACUUUACCGAUCAAACAAAUUGGCUGAAGCUGUUGAUUCUUGCUUGGGAGGUGAUUUUCCUGAAACUGAAGCAUCAAGGGUGUUUCACAUUGGAUUGCUUUGCACACAAGCUUCUGCUUCCCUUAGGCCAUCAAUGGGCCAAGUUGUUUACAUGUUAAGUAAUUCAAAUGUAGAUGUUCCAACACCAAAUCAACCCCCAUUUUUGAACACUGGAGUGCUAGACUCAGAUAGCUCCAUUCGGUCUUAUAGCACAAGCAGCUUUAUAUCCAAUGCCUUAAAGAAGAUUGGUGUGUCCUACAGCUCCUCAGAGUCUUCUAGUUCACACAACUCAGUUGGGCCAUCAAAAAGUAAAGAACCAGUUAUCCAAGCUUGAUUUCCAAUAGAUUCAUAGGUUUUGGGAAGUCAUGUCCAUAUGUUGUUUAUUAUAAUUAGUAACAAAGUUUGAAAGAUUAGAGUUGACCAAAUACAUGUAAGAUAGCAAGUGAGCAAAGUUGAUUAAGGUUGAACAACAGUUCACUAACUGUAGAAAGAUGAUUAACGUGACAUGGUUCGAAGCCUCUUGUUUGCAAUGUUACCAUUAUUUUUAGGUUUAGUGGGUUUGUUUUAAAGGACACAAGUUAUGUGUUUUUAACAGUUUUAACUAUGUAUUUUGGAGAAUGUAUAGUUAUAAUAUUAAAGUUAGGGAUAAGAUUCGUUUACAAUUUUU